UGAGACCUGAAAUGCCACCACCUCAAAGUCGCUGCUACCAGGAAGUGGAUUCUCACUUGGGAUACUUCAAUCCUCAGUCUGCAGGACCUCGGAUAAUGAGAUGCGAAUUCAUCAUCAAGAAAGCAGAUCCUUCCGUCUGCCACGUCUGGCUACAGAUUUCCUCUUCCAGCAGGUUUGACCCGGUACCAUGCAUGCAGAACUUCAUUCAACUGCCCAGUGGGGAUCGAAUGUGUGCUUCCAUCACUGAGCGAAGAGAAAUUGACUUCCCAAGAGACUCACAUACCUUAACUUUGAUUUACUACAAUCUAGACAAUCCACAAUUCAACUUAAUAGUCAGUCAAAUACAGAACACAUGCAAAGUUCCGGUAACUGUUUCAUAUCCAGUGAUGAAUUUGAAAUGGAGAAAUUCAUGACUGAACUUUGAGAUGACACUCUUCCGAACAUAAAAAUAAAACUUUUCCUAAAAGAAACUUUUGUUUUCAGGGUUAAACUGGCCACAUUUUCCCCCCACCGUCUUGUAAAAUGUGUUUCAGUUUCGGAAUGAAGGCAAAUAUUACGGUGGAAUAGGGCCCCCUCUUUAAAGGGUUCUCGUGGUAAGGAGAAGUUAAAACUACAAAUAUAGAUUACUUUGUAAGAUGUGUAAUAAUGUAAUCAUUUUUAUUACUAUGACUAUCGAUACAUCAAAUAGAGAAGAAAACCAUUUGAGUCUUCCUUAAAAUUCUAAUAAAGUGUAAUUUCCACCACUUGAAAAUUUUUACCACACAUGGGAAUCAAGUUCAAUGCUCUAGUAGCUCAACUUUUUCCCAAAAGGAAAAAAAAAAUAAACCAAUUAAUUUAAAUUGCAUCAUGUACAGAGAUCAAGGACAGAUAAAUGGGGAGAGUCAUGGAACCCAUGACCCCCCUAAAUUGUUGACACUAUUGUCCAUCCUUAGUGUGUACAAACACUUUUUGAAUAAAAUGUUAAACGAUUGCAGUAAUGUUUUCAAUUCAUUAAUUAUUUUUAGAAGUAAAUAUUUGAAAUAUUACUUCUUUUCAUUUUCUUAUGAAAUUAAUUUGUAAUGUCUAUGCUCUAUUGGGUGCAUUGUUACAGGUAGAUUUUUUAUUGACACACAAGCAGUUUUAAAAACUUUUCGAACGCAAA